AUGCGGUUCAACCAGUCCAUCAACUACACCAAACUAUUUUCACAAUUAAUUGAUAAGGAUGGUCAAAUGGACGAUACGAUAGCUUCUUUUCUUUACUACUUAUUCCCCAGAGAACUCUUCAUUAGAGCAGUUUCAUUGAUCGAAUCCUGUGAUAUGUUCAUCUACGUCCUAGAUCCCGACAAUUGCCAUCUAGACAGUCGAAUCACUACAUCUGUCAGUACAGAUGUUGAUAGUCCUACAAGCUCAAACAGUGUUGGUCCCAUUACACCUCCGGUAGCUGAUAAGAACCCUACGAACAAGUCACAAGAAACUGAUACUCUGGUGAGUAUUGUAUAUGACAGUGAAUCGGAUACAUUGCAUAGAUUAAUAGUCAAAACUGACCAUGGUGGUAAUCCUCCAAUCUACGUCGAUUUACAGAAUUGGUUCUGCUCCUGCGAUGAGUAUUCGGACCUAUUUGCCAGCGAGACCGAUAAAAUCGCUGAUGAAAGUUACAUCGACCACCUGUCAAAUGAGGUGACCGACCUUCACGAAUUCUCCGACGAUAGAUUCGCUCAAUUGGACGCACAUAGUCUCUCUAAACAGCGAUAUUUUCUACACGAUAAAGUCUGCUGCGCACAUCUGAUCGCUUAUUCACUUCUUCUAAGAACUUCCAAACGAGUUUUACACUAUUUUGCCACUGAAAAGCAGCAAGUACCCAUGAUAAGAGUCACCAGCAUGGACGAGUGGUUAAAGUUACACAUCAAUAUUGUAGCCUGA